AGAAAUCCCAUUUGGGUGCAGGACUUGAACGGGACUGUUUGUCUGUGCAGCAGGGACCGCCGGUGCAGUCUGCUCAUGGGGCUUUUCAUUUAUGCCUACAACACAAAACAGUUUUAUUAGCCGGUCCCCGCCUCCGUCGUCGCCCUACUCCGCGUGCUCACUUCAUUCUCACCUGUUGACGCCGGCAGCAGCUCAAACUGCUCUGUCAUUAUUUCCUGGGAGGGAUUACAACCAGGUGAAGAUUUUUUUUAAAAGAGCAGAAAAGGGGGAGAUAACGUGGCUGUCAACCCAAGUCGGUGAGCUACAGUAAACCCAACGCGAGACUGACUUGUGUGUCGGAAAGUGAAAGCGCUUAAAAGUUUGCUGAAGUGACGUUUCGGUACUUUUUCGAGUCUAAUUUUUUUUAAUUUCCCUCCGGCUUUGUUAUGAUUUGGAGGUUCGACAGCUCGUGGCGUUAAACUGGAGCACGUUUCCCAGAAAUGCCCCAACAUAACAUGGAGAGCACCAGGAGCCCGUGGCAGCGGGGGCCGCGGCCGCCGUGGAUCACCAGAGUGGCUGAGGGCCACAGCCCCGCCUCCUCGGGGGCGGAGUCAGACACAGAGAGCAGCAGCACGGAGAGUGAGAGGUCUUGCGUCAAAAAACUGGAGCUGGGCUCACUGAGGGUCCUGCCGUCGACCUCAAUGCUCCGACAGCGAAUCACAGAGAUCGACCAACAGAAGGAGGAACUAAAGAUUGAACUGCAGCUGGAGAUCGCCCUGCUGCAGGGAGAGCUGCAGACGGAGAACUCUCAGCUGCACAGACACACACAGAAGCUGCAGGCUCUACAGCAGGAGGUCCGACGGAAGGGGAAGCACCGACAAACCGACAGACAAAAGGAGCGAGAGAGUCUGGAGGAGGAAAGACGGAGGGUGAAAGAGCUGAAGGGGAGGUUCGAGGAGAAGGAGAAACUGAUCCCCAGUCAGCCAGAGAGCCAGAGAGAACUGCUCACACUGCAGCUGAAGCAGGAGAGAGAGGCGAUGGAAGCGGCGGUCCGGGCGUUUGACGACUGGGAGUUUAGUGUUCUGGAGAAGGAGAGCGGACUUGAUGAGGAUGAUGAGAGCACGCUUGAUGAAGAUGGGGAGGAAGAGAGUGAAGGGGAGAUGGAUAAGGAAAUCCUGCGUCAGCAGCAUGCGAUCAACAGUGGACAGGAGCGAGUGCAGCAGUUACAGAGACAGCUGAAGGAGAUGGAGAGGGAGAAGGAGAGGGAGAUGAACGCCUUGAGGAAAGAGAGGAGAGACCUCGUCCACACAAAUCAAACGGUUCUCAAAGAGAAGAAGCCUCCCACCGAUUGGUCGGACAUCACCGGCUCAGCCCCCUGCAUGAUGUCACUUUCCCCUCUGGUGGUUCACAAACCUCCUCAGGAACAAAGCAAAGAGUCUGCCAGUUUGCCUAGAAGACGGAGCUCGCAUCGCAACAACAACAGACUCAACGACAGGCCGCAGUCCGUACAGGGGUUGGUGAGGAUGCUUCCAGACAGCCAGUCCCUGGGGGCUUUUACAUCCCCCAUCCCCUCCCAUAGGCUCAGCAACGGGCACAACAGUGGGCACAACAGUGGGCACAGCAGCGGGCACAGCAGCGGGCACAGCAGCGGGCACAGACCUGGGAGCAGCAACGGAGGCGGGUUCCUCACACCGUGCAACAGCACAACGAGCUCCCGCGCUGCCAGCCCGUCUCUGUUGGACCUAGUUGAGAUCGAGAAGAAACUGAGGGAAGCCAGGGCAGAGAGAGAGAGGCUGCUCAGAGAGAGGGAAGAACGACGGCAGUUGUUUUUGGAGGAGAGAGAACAGAAAGAGCUAAAGUCUCCGAAAACAGAGCCCACAGAACCUACAGAGGCAGAGAACCAAAAACGGCUCGAGCCAGAAAUGAAGGAGCAGCCAGAGGCCAUUUCAGAGAAGGCCCUCCAGCCGCUCAGCCUGCCCCUCUUCCUCUCUCCGAACUUUGACCUCCGGGCCCAUGUGGAGUCUCUGGGUCAUGGAGUGAGUGGCAGCACGGACCUGCGCCUGACACCGCGACGCUGCGCCGGCUUCCUGACCAAACGAGGGGGGAGGGUGAAGACCUGGAAGAAGAGAUGGUUCCUGUUUGACAUGGACCACAGACGACUAGCCUAUUAUACAGACUGUGAUGAGAGGAAGCUAAAGGGAGUAAUCUACUUCCAGGCCAUAGAAGAAGUUUACCUUGACCAUCUACGAACAGCCAAUUCUUCUCCACGGCCCAGCCUGACAUUCUGCGUGAAGACGUAUGACCGCCUUUUCUUUCUGGUGGCCUCCAAUCCGGUAUCCAUGCGGAUUUGGAUGGAUGUCAUCGUCACGGCAACAGACGAGCACAGCCGUUAUUGACCUCCUUCAUACUUGACUGUGAAAACCCUCGAGUGAUUAUUGAGCGGACAAUGCACUGAUUGUGUCUCCUGUUUGUUGAGAUCCACCUCAGCAGCUGAUUCUGUACCUGGACUCAUGACUCUGUGGAUAAAGCGUGACACGAGGAGGUGCACUGGCUCCAGAUGUUGAACAGAUGUGUACGAACGCAGUGGGGGAAACUGUUACUUGAUGCUUGAGUGGCGGCUGAGGUUCAACGCUGAACCAGCUGCAAGCCUUCAGCAGUUUAACACAUCAGCCUGCAGCUGGGAGUCUGUUACUGCCAGGUUUCUCUUUGAGCCUGAGCUCCCCCUGCUGGUCUGAGCGAAGCAUUACAGCACAGGUGUACACUAAAAUUACAACAGGGUGUGAACACAAUACUUGCAGCACCUGUCGAUAUAACGCAAUCUAAUAUAACAAUGCAACCAUUGUAUUAGACUGUGUGCUGGGUCACUAUUUCUGUCUAGUCUUGGAUUGUUUUAUAUGGUCAGGUGUUUCCUCAAAUAGGUCCAUAUGCUGUGUAUUUGUUUUCAGAAAUUACAUUUUUAUGAAUUAAGUUAUUUGGAAGUGUAUAUGGGUUUGAUAUGCAAACAAAUGAAGGCAUGCACUGUUAUGAAUGCACUAUUAAAUGUUUAUUCAUAAAAAUGUUGGUCUUU